AUGUUCAGCACACAUCUGAAGAAGAAGACUGUUGCUGUUGCAGUGUUCUAUACCAAGACUGAUGAGGCAAAAGGCAAUGACAUGUACUUCUUCGUAAAACUUGUCCUUGACUGCGUCGGGGUCGGUCAUGAUCUUUGUGUUUCUUUGCAGAUCAUCUUCUACGAGGAGAGAAACUUCCAGGGUCGCUCCCAUGAGUGCAUGAGCGACUGUGCUGAUGUGUCCUCCUACCUCAGCCGUUGUCAAUCCUGCAGGGUGGACAGUGGCUGCUUCAUGGUGUACGAGCGUCCCAACUACAUCGGUAGCCAGUUCUUCAUGAGGAGGGGCGAGUACUCUGACUUCCAGCGUAUGGGACUGAGUGACUCCAUCCGCUCCUGUCGUAUGAUCCCCAUGCACAGAGGAACUUUCAGAAUGAAGAUCUACGAGAGGGAGAACUUCGUGGGUCAGUCUAUGGAGCUGAUGGAGGACUGUGAAUCUAUCCAGGAGCGUUUCCGCAUGGCCGACUGCCAGUCCUGCAACGUGAUGGAAGGCCACUGGCUCAUGUAUGAGCAGCCCCACUUCAGAGGCAGGAUGAUGUACCUGAUGCCUGGUGAUCAUAGGAGUUUCAGGGACAUGGGUAUUACCAUGAAAGUUAGCUCCAUCAGACGCAUCAUGGAUUCUUGUUAGAUGUCACAUAUAUGGUUAUAGUGGAAGUAAUAAUUUAGUUCCCAUGUAAAGUUUAUUAAAAAAUCUGACUUCAAAUGUCAAA